AAUUGCAUAACGUCGCACUUAAACUGUACAUUCAUCGAAACUCAACACGUUUCCAUAUAAAUCGUUGUGAAAACAAACGAAAUAUUAGUCAGUUGUAUUUUUUUAAGAAUUACACAUUUUCAAAUCACGUUUAGUUAUAAACUAAAUCAGCAAGUGAACCAGUUAACUAAUCGUGGCCGGCCCAAACCGUCGUCACUGUUUAAGAGCAGUACUUUUCGGGGCUAAAUACGUGAAUUUCGAGUGGAAAAUGUUUACCUUGUGGUAUUCGGUGUUAUCAUGGAAAGAGUACAGGGAAACCAUACAGAAGACUCUCUUCCAAACUACACCCCCCCAUUCAGCUCCACAAAAACAAGAACCACCAAAACCAACUAUUCGGCCAACCACCCCUCAAAAUAUACCAUCAAAAAUACCACAACCCCAAAACAUCUCUCCACAACCUCAAAGCAUUUCUCCAAAACCCCAAAGUAUAUCCCCACAACCCGGAAAUGUUUCUCCGAGGCCUCAAAGCAUUUCCCCACAACCCCCCGAUUCGCCUAGAUUGCCACCUUCCUCUCCUAAACAAAGCCCAAAGAUUCCCACACCCGUUCAAUCAACGAGAAUACCAUCACCUCAACCACCUUCAAGGUUGCAACCUGUUAAACCGCCAAGAUCUCCUUCCCCCCACCCUAUUUUAAACGAACAAUUGGACGACAUUGAUUUUAACGAUGAAGAUAGCGAAGAAGACGAAGAUUCCGUCAUAAAUGGGAAUGAUUGGCCCGAAGACCUUAGAAACCCAUCCCAAGAUAUUAUUAAUAUGGAGAGGAUGCAGCUGAUUAGGGAAAAUGUUAAAAAACCAAAAUCUGACAUAAUGGUUGAUCAAGCAGUUUUGGAUAAAUUGGAAGCUGGCUUCAAAAAAUUGGAGGCCAGCGAUUCCAAAUCGCUCCUCAAGAAGUACUUGACCAAGGAGGUCUUCGACAACCUUAAGACCAAGAAAACUUCUUUUGGUUCAUCCCUUCUCGAUGUAAUCCAAUCUGGUGUUGAAAAUCCGGAUUCCGGCGUCGGUAUCUACGCCCCCGAUGCUGAAUCCUACACCGUUUUUGCCGACUUAUUCGACCCGAUCAUCGAAGACUACCACGGUGGUUUCAAGAAAACUGAUAAUCACCCACCCAAGAACUGGGGUGAUGUUAACACCUUCGGCAAUCUUGACCCAGCCGGCGAAUACGUUGUUUCAACUCGCGUUCGUUGCGGCCGUUCCAUGGAAGGUUAUCCAUUCAACCCAUGCUUAACUGAAGAACAAUACAAAGAAAUGGAACAAAAAGUUUCGACAACUCUCUCUGGACUUGAAGGCGAAUUGAAGGGAACCUUCUACCCGUUAACUGGAAUGAGCAAAGAUGUUCAACAAAAACUCAUCGAUGAUCACUUCUUAUUCAAAGAAGGUGACCGUUUCUUGCAAGCUGCCAACGCGUGCCGUUUCUGGCCAACUGGGCGUGGUAUUUACCACAACGACAACAAAACCUUCUUGGUAUGGUGUAACGAAGAAGAUCAUCUUCGUCUUAUUUCCAUGCAAAUGGGUGGCGAUUUGGGAGAAGUUUACAGACGUCUCGUAACUGCUGUUAAUGAUAUCGAAAAACGUAUUCCCUUCUCUCAUAACGAUAGAUUGGGCUUCUUAACUUUCUGCCCAACCAACUUGGGUACAACUGUACGCGCUUCCGUACACAUUAAAGUACCAAAACUUGCCGCUAACAAAGCCAAACUUGAAGAAGUCGCUGCCAAGUACAACUUGCAAGUCCGCGGUACUCGCGGUGAACACACCGAAGCCGAAGGUGGUAUUUACGAUAUCUCUAACAAGAGGCGUAUGGGUUUGACUGAAUUCGAUGCUGUCAAAGAGAUGUACGAUGGCAUCGCCGAGAUCAUCAAGAUUGAAAAAGAGUUGUAAAUUAAAAAUGAAAGAGCAAGAAUUUAAAUGAAGAUGAAAAAGAAUAAGUAUUCAUUUCCAUUCGUAUUAUUAUUUUGUUUUUUUUUUCGGUGAUGCUUUCGCACGCUAUUCUAUUAUUACGAUAAUAUAUUAACGAGUAAUAAUUGUCGGCGGUUAUUUAUAGUAUUUCAAACAUGUAGUCUGCUUUGUUUUCGAUAUUAUGGUCAAAAUUAUGUUUACGAUAAGUGGACUGGCCGACAAAGUAAAAAAUAAUAUAUAACUAUAUAAAGUGUGCAUUGGAUAUCUUAUUUUGAGAAUGAUUACGUUUAAUCGUAACGUGAAUUAUUUUUUUAAGUUAUCAAAAUUUGUUACAACUGUUUAAUAAAAUACAUCCAAUGUAAAAAUAAA